AUGAAUGGGGCUAGUAUUGUAGGCACUGGUGCUCCUGCUGCUGGGGACACAAUCUCUUCUGCUGGUGAAGGUCGAAUGUCCAUUUCGAUCGAUUUCGGCACUACGUUUAGUGGUGUAGCAUAUGGCUCAUCACGUAUUGCGGGUGGUAACGUUCAACAAAUCCUCACUUGGCCAGGGGCAAGAGAGAAUUUCCGAAAAAUUCCCACAUGCUUGUUGUACGACGAUGCUGGACGUGUAUUGGCGUGGGGUUUGGAAGCGAAGAAUGCGAGUCCUAUGCCGGGAACGGUCAGAUGUGAAUGGUUCAAGCUGUCCCUGGAGCCUAGCGCGUUGAGGGGCGAUAUUGUAGAUCCGAGAUUACCCAAGUUGCCUUUGGGAAAGAAAGCUGUGGAUUUGAUUGUUGAUUUUUUGACAUGUCUUUGGGAUUAUGCUCGCGAACGAAUUACUCAGGAAAUUGGUAUCGUUGCAGAUUUGAAUGCUGCUGAUGUUUGGCUUACUCUCCCUGCGGCUUGGGAUGCGAAAGGUUGUCAAAUGAUGCGUGAGGCUGCAAUCCAAGCUGGUCUUGUUGGUACCGCCUUUGCAGGCGACCGUGACUGGAGAGAUCGUCUCCAUAUUAUUACUGAGCCAGAGGCAGCGGCCGUACACUGCGCCCACCUUACAGACCUCCAUCAACUUCGCCCCAGUCAAAACUUCAUGAUUUGCGACGCUGGAGGAGGUACCGUCGACCUUGCAGUCUACAAAAUCAUCGGUUCGCUCCAAGACCUUGAAAUCGCCGAAGUAUGCGCCCGUUCGGGGUCGAAUUGUGGUUCGCUAUUCCUCGACUUGAGAUUUAUGGAAUUAGUGAGGAUAUUACUGGAGGAUCAUCCUGUCCACUUGGAGCCGGCGAGUCUAGCACAUUUUAUGCAUGCGUUCAGUGAGACGGAAAAGCUUGGGUAUCUUGGAAAAAGCGACGAUGGGAAUAUGUUCCGUUUUACUUGUUUUAACGUUGAGGAUUCUGAUGAUCCUUCUGUUGGUUUGAUCAACGGCGAACUGACUAUUCCGGGUAACAUGCUCCGAGGAGAGGUAUUCAAUCCAGUGAUUGAGCAAGUAUUGGACUUGAUCGAGGAACAAAUUUGCCGUGCCAAUCAGAGGGUUGAUGCCCUGCUUCUGGUCGGUGGUUUCUCAGGAAGUGAAUAUCUUCGUAAGCGAGUGGAGGAGACUUUCGGUUCUCGUAUCGAAGUCAUUGCCCGUCCCUCCGACGCUGACACUGCGACCUGUCGUGGUGCGGCCCAAUACGGCCUCGCUCAUCGUCAACUCGUCUCUUCUUUCAUCGCCCCUAAAUCAUACAUUAUGCGGGUCAAACUACCCGCAGAUCUAGAAGAUUGGCAGAGACGACCGGCGUAUAUCACUAGAAAUGAUGCGGGCGUUCAUAUUUGCGAAAAUAGACUCCAGUACCUUGUCAGUAAAGGUGCGAUUUUGAGGAAGGGUCAGAGGAUUCGAACCAAGUUCUGCAAGUUCUCAUCUUCAUCUCAAGGCGAUAUAGAUCGUAUGUUCGUUGCGAUGCUCUACGCAUCCGAUUCGGAUGAAACCAUGCGAUAUACCGACGAAGGCGGGAUGUAUGAGUUGUGCAAGUGGACUGUGGACCUCAGUAUACUACCCAGUUUCCAACAUCAUGCAAAUGUUCCUCACCCGGGUGGUUUCUACACUCAUUUCGAAGUUGGCUUGGAACUGGACUCGGCCGAAGCAAGGGGUGUUUUGUUAGAUAACGGUUAUGAGUGUGGCAGGGUUGCGUUUGAUUUCUUGGUUUGA